AUACAUAUAAUAUGCAAUGAUGAUAAUUAUGCACUGAUUAAUUUUGACUAUCAUCUACAAUGUCUGUAUCCUCUGCAGACUACUCUGCUUCUAGCUUUUACUGCAGUGAAGCUGUGAAUGACAUGAUGGUUCCUUCAAAUGCCGAGGUCUGUGAUCAUAUUUCGCCAACAGUUUCCAAUUCAGAAGACGAGAGCUCCAUUGUUAAUGUGUUCGACUACUCUGCUUCGAACUUGUCCUGCAAUGAGUCUGUCAAUGACAUGGUGUUUUCUUCAAAUUCUGUGGUCUGUGACCACAUUUCAUCGUCAGUUUCGGAUUUAGAGGACGAGAGCUUUAUUGUUCAUAUGUUCGACUCAGAGCUCCACCAAAUGCCGGUAUAUGACAGCAUUCGAAGGUUGGAUAAAUUCCAUGAAGUUGUCACUGCUCGACACAAUGCCAUUAAGUGGAUGUUCAAGGUGCAUGCUUAUUACAAUUUCAAUCCCAAAACCGCCUAUCUUUCUACAAACUAUUUGGAUCGUUUCCUCUUGCUUCAUGGUCUCCCGGUAACAAAAUUUUCAAUAUUUAUAUUCCGUUUGAGAGCACUGAAUUUAUAUCUUGGAUUUAGUAUUGAAAAAAAUUAG